AUGUCUGAACACGAUUCCACCGAGUCAGCGCCAACACCGACAUGGUUCGAUCGCUUGUGUUUUGUUCAUAGGCAGGACGACCCAACUGCUCACUCCAUAUGGCAAAAACGGAGUAUAGUUCUGAUAAUCACCUUAUCAGCCUUUACUGCACCAUUUGCAUCGUGCAUCCUCUUCCCGUCCUUCACAAUUCUCGUGGACCACUUCCAUACGACAGAGACCAAAGUCGCCCUGACCACCACAGUCUUCCUCCUAGGGCUUGCAGUCGCUCCUCUGUGGUGGAGUACAUUGAGCCAGCAGUAUGGUCGUCGACCUGUGCUAGUAUUCAGCUUUCUCAUCUCGACUAUCGCCGUCAUCAUCUGCGCAGUAUCCAAUUCCCUACCUCUGAUCAUCGUCUUUCGUUUGAUCGAGGCAGUGGGCUGCUCAUCUGCCCAAAGUGUGGGUGCUGGUGUCAUCAGCGAUAUAUUCAUCCCGACAGAGCGUGGCUCAGCCCUAGGUUGGUUCUAUCUCGGUACGCUGAUUGGGCCCAUGAUUGCCCCGAUUAUUGGAGGCGCGAUUCAAGUCUGGCUGGGCUGGCGCGCAAAUCUAUACUUCAUGGCAAUCUUCACUUUCAGCACUGCCCUGCUUACGAUGUUGUGUCUUCCGGAGACAUUGGUGAAGUCCCCCGAAACCAAGGAGCUUCACUGGUAUCAAAUCAUGCAACGUGAUGCCUUGGCUCCUCUUCCGAAACUGAGGCUUUUAUCUGUUCCGUCAAUUGCCCUGACAGUUGCCUAUGUCAGCAUAUGCUUUGCCAGUCUCUACUGCUUCAACACUACCCUUCCUUAUGCAUACUCCGCACCACCCUAUAACUUCUCCGCCAUCGAGAUCGGCCUCUGCUAUAUCAGCAAUUGUCUCGGAUACGCGAUUGGAAGUGUCGUCGGCGGAAAGUUGAGCGACGCCAAGCUACGGCAUUACCAGUUAGCCCAUGGUGGAGAUAUUCGCCCGGCCGAAAGAAUCAAGACCGUAUGGUACGGCGUUGGCUUUGUUCCAGUCGGCCUGCUGGUUUAUGGCUGGUUGGUUGAGAAGCAAGUAUUUUGGAUCGCUCCUCUCGUCGGCGCCUUUCUAUUUGGCCUGGGUCUCAUGCUCGUCACAUCAACUGUGAUGCCUUUCUUGGUUGAUGUCAAACCUGGUGCUGGCGCUUCGGUCGUUGCUGACCUAAAUUUGGUCCGGAACAUCCUGGCCGCUAUUGGGACUGUGGUAUCGCCAAUUGCAGUGUCAAAUAUCGGUUUCGGAUGGUGGAUGACAAUAUUGGCCAUAAUUUGCUCUUUAUCUGUCGGUUUGGUGGUGAUCGUUGUCUGGAGAGAUGCUGCCGAAAGAAAGAUGCUCGAGGUCAAAGAUGCAGUUUGA